AUCCGUCAGUCCCCUCCAUUUCAAAUCCACACUCCUCCCUUUCCUCCGCCUCCUUUCUUCCCUCGCCGUCUCCGGCGAGAGCCCGGAGAUGGAUCUCUCCGCCAGCCCCUCCAAAUCCAAGCUCAGAUCCUCGCUGGCGAAGCCAAUCGCCGCCUCCACCGAGCCUCAGAUGGACCUCUGCACUCCGUGCAGGCCCACGCCCAAGCGGAAGUCCAAAUCGGCGACCACGCCGGCGCCGGUGUCCCCGGCGAACCCAUCCACCAUCCGACGCUCCCGCCGCCUCCUCGAAACUCCCACGAAGGCAGCUCCAGAGGUGCCCGUGAAGGCUACGCCGACCCCCGUCGCCAGGGGCAAGCGCGCCGCGCCGUCGCCCAAAACCCCUGCCCAGCGCGAGCCCAAGCGGCAGCGGCGGCAGCCGAGAAAGAGAGCGUACUACCGGAAGGUGGUGUACGACGGCGGGGAGUUCGAGGUCGGGGACGACGUGUACGUGAAGCGUCGGGAGGAUGCGGAGUCGGACGCGGAGGACCCAGAGGAGGAGUGCCGCGUGUGCUUCCGCGCCGGAGGCGGGGUGAUGGUGGAAUGCGACGAAUGCCUCGGCGGGUUCCACCUGCGGUGCGUGCGCCCGCCGCUGCGCCGAGUGCCCGAAGGGGAUUGGGCGUGCCCGUACUGCGAGGCUGAGCGCGCUGGCAAGGCAGUCGAGCGGCCCAGGCCUCCUAAGGGGAAGCGCAUCGUGAGAACUGCCAAGGAGAAACUCCUCUCCAGUGAUUUGUGGGCUGCGCGCAUCGAGAGUUUAUGGAGGGAGCCAGAUGGCACAUUCCGGGCGAAGGUAAGGUGGUACAUUAUCCCUGAAGAGACUGCAGCAGGAAGGCAGCCACAUAAUUUGCGGAGAGAACUGUACCAUACCAAUGAUCUUGGUGACAUUGAGAUGGAAACAAUCCUUAGACAUUGUUCUGUAAUGUGCCCCAAAGACUUCAGGGAUGCCAACGAUGGAGGGGAUGAUGUAUUUUAUUGUGAAUAUGAGUAUGAUAUACACUGGCAUAAUUUUAAGCGUUUGGCUGACAUUGACGAUGAGCCUGAGACAAGGGAAGAUCCCAAUGAUGAGCCUUACAUUGCUGGUAACGAUUAUAACAGUGAUACAGAUGAAGAUUCAGAAUAUGAUGAGGAGGAAGAACCUAAAUCAUGUUUCUCUGCCAGAAGGAAUCAAUCACAUGAGUUGGCGGCGAAUUCAAGGAAGGGUAGGACAUAUGGCCUACAAAAAAUUGGGAUACGUAAAAUUCCUGAGCAUGUUCGGUGCCACCAAAAGACUGAGCUGGAGAAGGCGAAAGCAACCCUGUUACUGGCAACUCUUCCUAAGUCAUUGCCUUGCAGGGAUAAAGAAAUGGAGGAGAUAUCUACAUUUGUGAAGGAUGCAAUUUGUAAUGACCAAUGUCUAGGACGCUGCCUUUAUAUCCAUGGUGUACCUGGUACUGGCAAGACAAUGAGUGUACUUGCUGUUAUGAGGAGGCUGAGAUCUGAAUUUAAUUCCGGAACUCUGAAUCCAUAUUGUUUUAUAGAAAUUAAUGGCCUUAAAUUAGCUUCUCCUGAGAAUAUCUACAAGGUUAUAUAUGAACAGUUGAGUGGGCAUAGGGUUGGGUGGAAAAAGGCUCUUCACUAUUUAACAGAGCAUUUUUCAGGUGUUUCGAAAAUUGGAAAGCAAGCAAACCAGCCAAUUAUUUUACUCAUUGAUGAGCUUGAUCUUCUUUUGACAAGAAACCAGUCGGUUCUCUAUAACAUUCUUGAUUGGCCCACCAAACCAAAUUCCAACCUAGUUGUUAUAGGUAUAGCAAACACAAUGGAUCUCCCUGAAAAGUUAUUGCCUCGUAUAUCUAGUCGGAUGGGUAUCCAACGACUGUGUUUUGGCCCAUACAAUUUUCGGCAGUUGCAGGAAAUUAUAACUAGUCGUCUGAAGGGUAUUGAUGCCUUUGAGGAACAGGCUAUUGAAUUUGCUUCUAGAAAGGUAGCUGCCAUGUCAGGUGAUGCUAGGCGAGCUUUAGAAAUUUGCAGACGGGCAGCAGAGUUCGCAGACUACCGUAUCAAACAGUCUGGACAGACUUCUGCAAAUAAAGGAGAUGGUGUUGUUUGCAUGCGUGAUAUAGAAGCUGCUAUUCAGGAAGUCUUUCAGGCACCACAUAUUCAAGUGAUGAAGAACUGCCCAAAGUUUGGAAAAGUUAUUUUGGUUGCUAUGGUCCAUGAAUUGUACAAAAGUGGACUAGGUGAAGUAACUUUUGAUAAGUUAGCAACAACAGUUCUCUCCUGGUGCCACGCUAAUAGAGAAUUCUUGCCUGGAUAUGACACUCUCAUGAAAAUCUGCUGCAAGUUUGGUGAAAGCAAGAUCAUCCUCUGUGAAGAAGGUAGUAAGCACAAGUUGCAGAAGGUGCAGCUAAACUACCCAAGUGAUGAUGUAACCUUUGCCCUCAAGGAAUCCCCCGAUCUUCCUUGGUUGUCCAAGUACUUGUGAAGCUCAUACUGCAGUGGUCGUAUUCCUAGCAUUCUAUUCUGUUCUCUAGGGGAGUUAACGGCACUUGCCACUUCAUCCCUCAAACCUUGAAGCUAUACAGAUACAUGGAGAAUCCUCUGAUCUGCAAUAUAAUGUAACCGAUUAUGGACGAGCUGCACCGCGCCGAAAGCGUCACAAACAUUUUUCCUCCGUUGCACACCAGGAUUGUAACCUGCAAUGCGCGAAGCAGCUAGUACGUCUGGAUUUUCGUCGCACUCAAAGUAUGAUGUUGUUUCCUUGGCACACUGAAUCGCCUCAUGUGUGGCUCCACUGCUUAGAACUAUGGAAUUCGUUGCUUGUAAGAUCGUUUCUGCGAUUCAUAAUUUUAAGAAAAGAACAUUUGAGACAUCAGGUAUUUACCCUCCCUGUUGAAUACAAACAAUGUGAUUUUCAUAACUCUAGUAUGGAACUGUACACUUUGUGAGAC